AAAUUAUGGUGUUUGUCUGUUUAUAAGCGUUUAUUUUAAUUAUUAAUUUAAGUUUUUAAUGAUUGACUUGUAAAUACUUUAAAUGAAAAAUGACAGAUAAAUUAUUUACCUCAAAUAAAAAAUCAAUACUAUUCAACUUGAUAGGUUUUGACCAUCGUUAUUAUUUUGAACUCGCGCGCAAAAUAGAGCAACAUGGUGGCAAAGUUUCAUUACCAGAUAAAUUUAAUCCUGAAGCAAUGACAAUUGUCAACACAGACAUUUGUUACACUCUUAAAUAUAUCCUAGACAGUAUAGAGAAUGAUUCGCUGGUCGAUGCACAAAAUUACUGUUUAAAAUAUAUUCUUGAAAGUAUAACCGAAAAUAACAAUAACAAAAACAACUCCUGCGAUGAUUUGAGUAUAACAACCAUGGCUUCCGAGGGAGAUAUUUUCAAUGACCAGACGAGUAGCAUGUUUUUUGAAGAUAAAUGCCUAGAAGAAUCACCUGAUCUCUUACAUAUGGAAAGUGAAGUAACUGACGAAGAGACUGAUGAGGAAGUAAUUGAUGAAACAAGUGACAGAAAUUUAACUGCGAUGAGAGAAACUGUCGAAGAAGUGGGUAGAAGACAAUCUCCAUCACAUUCACUAGUGAAUGAAACUUUUCAAAGUGAUGAUAACGAUGACAUUGUACCCAAUUCUGAUGAUGAGACCAUAAGAAGGUACGAAAGUCACAAUAGAGCAAAAACACAGUGGAAUGAUGAUAACGAUGACAUUGUAGCCAAUUCCCAUGAUGAAUCCAUAAGGAGGUACGAAAGUCAUAAUAGUGCAAAAAGACAGUGGAAUGAUGGAGUGGAUUCAUCCAGCAGUGAAAGUGGUGAGGAUUCACAUAAAACUAAUAAAAGAAGGAAAAUAGCGCGGUCAGUCACCUUAAGUUCUACAAGUGAUGUUGAUCUGACUGACGAUAGCGAGGAUCAACCAGAAAGAUCUGAAGAACCAUUAGAUAAAUCUGAUCAUUUAAAUAAAAAAAAAACAAUGAUUGUAAUGAAUAGAACGACAUAUCUAUGUUCUCCACCUACAUCCGAUGAUGAAUCUGCAGAAGACACAAACACUGAUAAAAUCCGUCGAAAAAAAAAGUCAAUGAAGAAUAAGAAUUUACGAAAUAAGGUUCCUAAUGAAAUUAUCGAGUCGAAAGCAAAUACAAAUGAAGAGCUACAACAACAAAAGGCUCCAGAUAAAACUAAGUGUAAUACACAAGAGACACAUCGGAACAAUGUUGAACUUAAUUCCGAUACAAAUUUCCCUGAUACUUUAGACGAUCGUGUUAAUAAUCCUAGCAUUUCAUCAGAAGCUGAACUGGUUAACCCAAUUCAUGCAAAGUGGUUAGAUGAUCAUCAAAAAAGGAUAGAAGAGUUUAAGAAUUUCAAAGGUCGUAAAGGUGAUUACUACUCGAAGUCGGAAGAAAUCGGAAUAUUUUGGUGGUUGAUAAAGAACGAUAAAAUUGACCAAGUAGGAAGCGAGGGGACUUUUAAACAGUUGAUCGAGGAUGGUUAUCUAACUCAUCGGUCCUGCAAAGGAAUAUACAAUCAUUUUCGUAGACAAAUGCUCAGUAGACUCCCUGCGUUUAAAUUACCCGAUGAUAUAUACAAAAAAUUAAAACUUUACGUUAAUGGCUUACAAUCGAUAUAAUUGGGUAAUAAUAAAAAAAACUUUUAAAAUAAUAAAUUAAAUUCAUCAAAAUUACAGACUUAAAAAAUAAUGCAAGAUUUAGGAAUGAAAUAAACAAAGUAUUGAUGGAUAUAAUUACUUCUAUUUUUUAA